GGUUGAGGAGUGUUAUGGGUGAACUCUCACAAACCUCUACACAUUUACUCAAGAAAUAUAAGUCCCAUUGAAUUUAGUGGGGCUUACUCCAAGGAAAUUGCUACCUAAUGGCGCAGCGGGGAAGCAACCUGUCUAGAGAGCAGGAGGCUGUUGGUUCAAAUCCCCUCUGAUGUGUUUUUCAGAAUAUAGGAAACACCCAUAUCGGGCAGCAGCGAUACAGGAAGGUGCUAAAAGACAUCAUCUCAUACUGUGCGGGAGAUGGUGAUGGUAAACCCCUGCUGUAUUCUACCAAAGACAAUCACAGGGCUCUGUGGUCAUCAGGAGUCGGCACCAACUCGAUAGCACACUUUACCUUUACUCCAAGGAAAGUGUGCAUAGGGUUGCAGCCUCCGUGAGCUUUGUUACUGAAAGUGAAUUUGAACUCUUCCCGUCAAAACUUUUAUCCAGUAAAGCAGAUUAGCUCUCAAGAACAACAGCGAGGACAGAUCACCUUCCAAGGCCAGCAAUCCAAGAUGACUAACAUAUCCUAUCACAUCUCCAAUCUCCUGGAGAAGAUGACAUCCACCGACAAAGAUUUUCGGUUUAUGGCUACCAAUGAUCUGAUGAUGGAACUACAGAAAGAUUCCAUAAAGCUAGAUGAAGAUAGUGAGAAAAAAGUUGUCAAAAUGCUCCUAAAAUUGCUUGAAGAUAAAAAUGGGGAGGUGCAAAAUCUGGCUGUCAAAUGUUUGGGCCCUUUGGUGAGCAAAGUGAAAGAAUAUCAGGUGGAAACUAUUGUUGAUACACUAUGUACAAACAUGUUAUCGGAUAAGGAACAACUCCGGGAUAUCUCUAGUAUUGGGCUAAAGACGGUCAUUUCUGAGUUGCCGCCUCCAUCUACAGGUUCCACUAUGACCGCCAAUGUAUGCAAAAAGAUCACAGCCCAGCUGACUGGAGCCAUUGGAAAACAAGAAGAUGUGUCCGUGCAGCUUGAAGCUCUUGACAUCUUGUCAGAUAUUUUGAGCAGGUUAGGGGGGACUCUCUACUCCUUCCAUUCCUCCAUCUUGAACUGCCUCCUUCCUCAGCUCACAAGCCCCAGGUUAGCUGUGCGGAAAAGGGCUAUCAUUGCUCUGGGUCACCUGGUCUUGACUUGCAAUGGAAACAUCUUUGCCGAGCUUAUGGAGCACCUAUUAGCAGAGCUGAAGAGGAACAAUUCCACUUCAACCACAAGAACAUAUAUCCAGUGCAUUGCUGGUAUCAGCAGGCAGGCUGGGCACCGCAUAGGAGACUAUCUGGAGAAGAUGAUCCCAUUAAUAGUUCAAUAUUGCAAUGUUGAGGAUGACGAGUUGAGGGAAUACUGCUUCCAGGCCUUUGAGUCUUUUUUGAGAAGGUGUCCCAAAGAAAUUGGCCCUCACCUUCCUAGUGUGACAGGAUUGUGCCUCAAGUAUAUCACUUAUGAUCCAAACUACAACUAUGACAAUGAGGAGGAGGAUGAAGAAGAAAUGAUGGAAACUGAAAAUGGCGAGGAAGAGGAACAAGAAAGUGAUGAUGAGUAUAGUGACGAUGAUGACAUUAGCUGGAAAGUUCGCAGGUCUGCAGCCAAGUGCCUUGAGGCUAUUGUCAGUACUAGGCAUGACCUUCUCCAGGAUUUCUACAAAACACUUUCGCCAGCUUUAAUCAGCAGGUUCAAGGAAAGAGAGGAGAAUGUUAAAGCAGACAUCUUCUGUGCUUAUAUAUCUUUGUUGAAGCAAACAUUGCCCAUCCAAAGUUGGCUGCAUGCUUCAGAUGAAGCAAGCAAAGAGAACAUCCCUUUGACCAUGCUUCAGAACCAGGUUCCGAACAUCAUCAAAGCUUUGCACAAGCAGCUCAAAGAGAAGAGUGUCAAGUCAAGGCAGGGAUGCUUCACUCUCUUGACAGAACUGGCCAAUGUCCUCCCUGGUUGCCUUGCAGAUCACAUACCUGCUCUGGUGCCUGGUAUUGUUUUCUCCUUGACUGACAAAUCCAGCUCCUCCAACAUGAAGAUUGAUACGCUGUCUUUCCUUUAUGUUGUCCUUUGCAACCACUCCCGAGAGGUGUUCCAUCCCCAUGUCCAAGCGCUGCUGCCACCCAUUGUGACUUGCAUAGGGGAUCCUUUUUACAAGAUCACUUCAGAAGCUCUGCUGGUUACUCAGCAGCUUGUGAAAGUCAUUCGGCCCCUGGAUGUGCCUUGUGCCUUUGAUGCCAAGCCCUACGUGAGGGAUCUCUUUUCUGCUACUCUGAAGAGGCUGAAAGCUGCUGACAUUGAUCAGGAGGUGAAGGAACGGGCCAUCUCUUGCAUGGGACAGAUUGUUUGCAAUCUGGGAGAUUACCUGAGCAGUGAUCUCCAACCGACCUUGAAGAUUUUUCUGGAGAGGCUGAAAAAUGAAAUAACUAGACUGACCACAGUCAAAGCACUGACUUUAAUUGCUAGCUCUCCACUGAAAAUAGACUUAAGGCCCAUUCUAGCAGAAGGAUUCCCCAUUUUGGCUUCCUUCUUGCGCAAGAAUCAGCGUGCCUUAAAACUGAGUACCCUGACAGCUCUGGAUAUCUUGAUCAAGAAUUACAGUGAUAGCCUCAAGCCUGCGAUGAUUGAAUGUGUUCUAAUGGAGCUGCCUGAUUUAAUUAGUGAGAAUGAUAUGCAUGUUUCUCAGGUGGCUAUCUCAUUCCUCACUACGUUAGCUAAGGUUUAUCCCUCUUCCUUGUCCAAGAUAAGUGGUACGGUUCUGUCUGAGCUUUUUCAGCUUGUUUAUUCACCUUUGAUGCAAGGAGGAGCCCUGAACGCCAUUGUGGACUUCUUUCAAGCUCUGGUUGUAACCAAGACAGUCAACAUGAGUUAUGCUGAACUGAUGAAGCAACUAACUAACCCUAUCUACUCUUCAAGCUCUGGUGGGGCUUCUGUAAGUUUACAUAAACAGGCCUAUCACUCUGUUGCCAAAUGUGUGGCGGCCCUUUCAUCAGUGUGUCCAAAAGAAGCUCCUGGGAUGGUAAACCAGUUCAUCCAGGACGUUAAGAAUCCCAAGUCCAGUGCUGCUGUGAAGAUGCUGGCCUUCCUGUCAUUGGCAGAAAUAGGGCACACUAUGAACCUCGGUGCACAGAAGGAGCUCAAGGCUGUGAUACUGGAGGCUUUUGCUUCACCCAGUGAAGAGGUGAAGUCGGCAGCUUCCUACGCUCUGGGGAAUAUCAGUGUGGGCAACCUUAAAGAAUACCUUCCCUUCAUGCUCAAAGAGAUUGGAGGACAGCCUAGGAGGCAAUACUUGCUGCUCCACUCACUGAAGGAAGUCAUCAGCUCCUCCCCAGCAGACAGCUUGAAGCCCUACGUUGAGGACAUCUGGGCUCUGCUUUUCAAACACUGUGAAUGCACAGAGGAAGGGACACGCAAUGUGGUUGCUGAAUGCCUGGGAAAACUGACCGUGGUGAAUCCUUCUCAGUUGCUGCCCAGGCUGAAGAAACAACUGUCUUCAGGUUCUCCGUAUGCUCGAAGCACUGUAGUAACUGCAAUCAAAUUCACCAUCUCAGAUCAGCCGCAGCCCAUUGAUCCCCUUCUUAAAGGAUGCAUAGGUGACUUCUUAAAAACACUUCAGGAUUCUGAUUUGAAUGUUCGACGUGUCGCUUUAGCCAUGUUUAAUUCUGCUGCUCACAACAAACCUUCUCUAAUCAGAGACCAGCUCAGCACUGUUCUACCCCACCUGUACAAUGAAACCAAGAUUAGAAGAGAACUCAUACGGGAGGUAGAAAUGGGGCCGUUCAAACACACAGUGGAUGAUGGCCUUGACGUGAGGAAAGCUGCUUUUGAGUGCAUGUACACACUUUUGGAAAGCUGCCUUGAUCGACUGGACAUCUAUGAAUACUUGAAUCACGUGGAAGACGGACUGAAAGAUCAUUACGACAUUAGGAUGCUGACUUUCAUUAUGCUAGCUCGCCUGUCAACGCUGUGUCCUAAUGCUGUUCUACAAAGAUUAGAGCGACUCAUUGAGCCCCUACGAGCAACUUGUUCUACUAAGGUAAAAGCUGGCUCAGUGAAACAAGAAUUUGAGAAGCAAGAUGAAUUGAAACGUUCAGCCAUGAGAGCUGUAGCUGCUCUAUUGACCAUCCCUGAUGUAGAUAAAAGCCCUGUGAUGGCAGAAUUUUCUUCUCAGAUUAGAGCCAAUGCUGAAAUGUCUUCACUUUUUGAAAGCAUUCAGAAGGAUUCAACUUCAUUAUCUGCCACAGAAUUAAUGGACAUGAGUUAACUCCUCCACACUGUUCUCCUACUCCCCACCAUCCACUAUGUUCGGAAGGAAAAAGGAAAGGCCAUUGGCUAGAGCUGGUUUCAGCUAUAGAUGCUAUUUUUAAAAAUGGCAGCUCUUUCUAUUAGAACAGGCAUGAGUGCAGAGACAAGAGUGAUGGCCUGUCCUGUUGAUGUCAAUAGGGCACCACUUAUGUUGUUCCCUUAGUUCAAAUACACAAUCAUGAAUGUCUGCCAAAAAAGCCACCAGUUGACUCCAGUUGCUUUAGCUAGAGCACUGAAAGCAAACAAUCUCUCUUGCUACCAAAUUGCUGAAUUGGUCAUUUUAAAAGCAGUGGUGACAAAUGAGGCCCAGUCGGCUUUCAUGCUUGCCUCCAUUCAAGUGGCUUUCAUUUGUGCUGUUGUUACUGACUUAAGUCACUUUCAUAGUAGCAUAGCAUAUGAAUUAAAGCUGUCGCCUCCAAUCCCCUUUUUACUCCCAAGUGUCAAACCAUGAAAGUGACACAACUGUCUUCCAGAAUGGAAUGCCUUAUGCUAAGUUACUGCAGUAUGAAUCUGCUUCUACCCACGCCCAUGAAAAUUUCUUCCUGGCUGUAGCUUACUGGCUCUGCACCCCAAGAAGCUAAUACCAAAGCACUGAAUUUCAAACAGCAAACAGGUAGCAUUCCGCUCCAGGAGCUACUCACCUGGUCUGAAAUAUGUUCUGAUGCAAUGACACCACCUCAUUAAAUGCAAAUACUUGUACUGCUACUCAAAAGUUGCUGUUUAGCAGCGAGAGAGAGGGAAUUCUUCCAGUCUUGAGCCGAUAUACAAAGCGAAGAUGCAGCCAAGCAGAACCUUGAGAUUAACUGCACCAGGGAAGUGGCAAUUUGAUCCGCUGCACUUCCCCAGGAAACAAUCUGUGCCUCCUGAAAGUGUCCAGAUUUGCACAGCCCUCAGGAACAUAUUUUCAGGUGCCAAAGUGCUUCCUGGGGAAGGGGUUGCAUCAAGUCACCACUUCCUUGGUGUGCCAGCAGUUAAGUUCUGUUAGGCUGCUGUCUUACUGCACCAGCGCAUCUUUGUAUGUCAGCCAUAGAGAUUACUAAGCUUCAUUUUAGGGUUUAUUCUAUUUGAGUCAGUCAAUCUGUGAAUCACUUAAGUGCUCUAUUUAUAAAAACAGGAUGUCACUUUCCAUUCUACAUGAAAUGCAUCUAAAGAAAAUAAAGCUCAUAAAUACAGCA